AUGACGAACCAUUUACUCCUCCCGGUCGCGGGACCAAUGCAAUCGUACUGGCAGCAAGAAGGGCAGAAAUAUCAUGACGCUGUCGGCGACAAUAUUGUUGAUCUUCCGAGUUCCUGUGAAGUCGCCAUCGUAGGCGGCGGAUAUUCUGGCAUCGCAACAGCUUACCACCUACUUCAUUUGGACCAUCCGCCAGCAAGCGUGGUCCUACUGGAGGCAAGGGAGCCAUGCUCUGGUGCCACGGGACGCAAUGGAGGGAAUCUUCGCCCUGACCUUUUUUUGGGGCCCGCGCGACUCUGCAAAAGAUUUGAACCAUCAGCGGCAUUCGAAAUCAUGCAAUUCGAAACUGACCAUCUCAGCAUGAUCAAGGACCUGAUCUUUGAGGAGGUCAUCGACUGCGAUUUCUGUGAGACGACCAGUCUCCUCGUCCUCACCACUUUGGACCAAGUUGCUGCUGCACGCGAAAUGUACGACACAUUGAAGCAAGCGCCCCAGUUUGACAAGACUGUCUCGAAUGAUUUGACCUUUUACGUUGGAGAUGAUGCGCCACGUCGCACCGGUAUGGCAGAAGCUAAGGGUUACGUUGCGAUGCCGGCGGCGCAUUUAUCACCGUAUAAGCUCCUUAUGGCUUUACUGAGGCGUUGCAUGGACAAAGGUCUUGCCCUCAAAAGCCAUACACCCGUGUUGUCUGUACGUAGUGCAGGUCACGAAGGCCAUAUUCUGACCACCGAGACUGGAGCCACGACGACAGCCCACAAAGUUAUCUAUGCGACUAACGCCUAUACAUCGGCGCUACUUCCGGAAUAUUCCAAUGCCAUUAUCCCCUGCAAAGGCCUCGCAUGUCGCAUUGCAGGCCCUGAAGGAAAAAUGCUGCCCGGUCUCCCGACAUCGAGCAUCUUAAGCAUGGAGCAGGACCCCGCAUCAGAUGCCACAGGGUACAAUUACAUGAUACAACUCGCGGACAACACCAUCGUGGUCGGUGGUGCUCAUCACACAUACAAGAAAGGUGAACCUGAGAGCUGGUACAACAACGCUGAUGAUAGUCAUACCAUUGAAGAAGCUCAGAGAUACUUCGAGGCCGAUUUUAUGCAACGAGCGUUCAUCGGAUGGGAAACCACGUACGCGCAGGUUAAUCAAGUAUGGACAGGCAUCAUGGGAUAUAGUGCAGAUUCACUACCACACAUUGGCUCGAUACCCAACAGACCGGGGAGUUUUGUCCUUGCGGGUUUCAACGGCCACGGCAUGCCAGUCAUAUUCAAAGCCGCAAAGGAGCUUGCCGCGAUGGUUAAACAAGGCCUCGAAUACGAGCAGACUGCACUCCCAGCGCUGUAUAAGACGACUGGCGAAAGAUUAGCGUCCACGCGGAAUGACAUUCUUGGUGGACGGGGCCUAAAAGUGCGAGGAACGUGA